CUGCAGCUUUGUCCUAUCGCGGGGAUACGUUCUCGGUGUUCAACGAGAACUGUCGGUUCCUGACUGCAGCUGGCGAAUUUGGAGAAAAUGUGGCUUUAAAGAGAGACUACUGUAGAACCCUUCAUCUUGGACUCAGCAGACUGCUGAAGAAUGUUUGUUCCAAGAUCUCUGAAAGUCAAGAGGAAUGCUGUUGACAAUGAAACCUAUGUAGCUAAGAAACAUAAGCUCUCACCAGAUGAGUCCUCUUUUGAAAAGACUGCAGAGUUUGAUGUUAAUGAGUCGGAUGUAAACGACAUACUAAGCCCAGAGACUGAGUCAUUAAAACCUGCGGAAGAAUACACUGAACCCCAGGUCUCUCUUGAUUCAGCUGCAGGCCUGAUUCAAUCAACUUCAGAAAAUGCCAUUGACAAGGUGGAAGAGCCCAUAAAAUCUUUCAGUAAAACGCAACGCUGGCCACAGCUUGGGGAACCCGUGUGUGUGAUUUGUGGCCGUUAUGGGGAGUACAUCUGUGACAAGACUGAUGAGGAUGUUUGUAGCUUGGAGUGUAAAGCCAAACACCUUUUACAAAUCAAAGAGAAGGAAAGCUCAGAAGAACCACCUAGUAGUGAAAAAGCAGAUUCUUUGUCUGCUUUUCUAGAUGGUUCUUAUGUCUAUGAAGAGAAUGCCUUUCUGUUAAGCCUCCGGGAUGAACAGAUUGAAAAUUUAAAGCAGCAACUCAGCAUUGUUGUCCAAGGCCAAGAAGUCACAAGACCCAUUGUAGAGUUUGAACACUGUGGCUUCCCUGAUGUUUUAAGCUUCAAUUUAAAACAGGCAGGCUAUGAAGUCCCAACGCCCGUCCAGAUGCAGCUGAUUCCAGUUGGAUUGCAAGGCAGAGAUAUUGUGGCCACGGCUGACACAGGGUCAGGAAAAACCGCAGCCUUCUUGCUUCCAGUUAUAAUGAAAGCCCUGGGAGAGGCAGAAGCUCCGUCUGCUCUUAUUCUGACACCAACAAGAGAACUAGCUGUACAGAUAGAGAAACAGGCCAAAGAGCUCAUGGUUGGUCUACCAAACAUGAGAACGGUUCUCCUAGUUGGAGGAUUGCCAUUGCCACCUCAGCUUCAUCGCCUGAAACAAAAUGUUAAGGUUAUAAUAGCAACACCUGGAAGACUUCUUGAAAUUCUAAGGCAAAGUGCCAUUCAGCUCCAUAACAUCAAAAUAGUUGUAGUGGAUGAAGUUGACACUAUGUUGAAGAUGGGUUUCCAGCAACAGGUGCUAGAUAUUUUGGAAACAAUCCCUAAAGACCACCAGACCAUCUUGGUUUCAGCCACAAUGCCUUUUGGCAUUGAACAGCUGGCAAGUCAGCUCCUGCAAGAUCCUGUGAAAAUAACCAUCGGAGAGAAGAACCAGCCCUGCUCCAGUGUCCGGCAGAUUAUUUUGUGGGUAGAGGAGCCUUCUAAAAAGAAAAAGCUUUUUGAAAUAUUAAAUGAUAAGAAACUUUUCAAGCCUCCAGUCCUGGUGUUCGUAGAAUGUAAGCUGGGUGCGGAUCUUCUGAGUGAUGCUGUUCAUAAAAUCACAGGUUUACAAACAAUAUCAAUGCACUCUGAUAAGCCACAGGCAGAAAGGAUGGCCAUAUUACAGGGAUUGUUUCAAGAAAAGUAUGAUGUUGUAGUAAGCACUGGAGUUCUUGGACGUGGACUCGACCUUGUCAAUGUUAAGCUUGUGGUAAAUUUUGACAUGCCAUCUAGCAUGGAUGAAUACGUACAUCAGGUGGGACGAGCAGGUCGGCUGGGUCACACUGGAACAGCAAUUACGUUUAUUAAUAACAACAGCAAGAAACUUUUCUGGGAUGUUGUGAAACGAGUUGAACCAACUGGCACUAUUCUCCCACCCCAGUUGUUAAACUCUCCAUACCUACAUGAUCAGAGAAGAAAAGAACAGCAGAGAAAUAAAAAAUCUCAGAGUGGUCUUGUGACAGGUGAUAAUCUUAUGGACAUUAUUAGAAAACAUGACAAAAGCACUUCUCAAAAGUAACGAGUAGUUACGUAUUUGUAAAUGUAAAGGUUUUCUGUAACAUGUACCAAGUGCUGAAUUUUGGUAUUUAAUUCUGUACCAGUGUUCCAGUUUAUAUAAAGCAUUUUGUAAUCAUAAUUUGAUUGCAGAUUCCUUACCUGAAAAUCAGUGUUAUUUCUACGUCUGAUGGAUUAUUUGUCACAUUUGUAUCCUCUCAUGUUUUACAAAAUGUCAGAACAGUACUCUAGCCCAGUGGUUAUUAACCUUUGUUACUCAGGUGUUUUUGAACUGCAGCUCCCAGA